AUGGCUGGCCCGACGCACCACCCCCGACCGACUGGUCCUCCUAAACCCCCUGUUCCUCAUGUUCCUGGCAUUUACCGGUAUACUGCCACUGCGCUCGGCGCGGGAAUGUGGUUCUGGUUGAUGUACCGGGCAAAGAAGGACGGUCCCGUGUUGAUGGGCUGGAAGCACCCUUGGGAUCACUGA